AUGAGUGGAACUAAGCAGUGGAGCAAUUGCCCCGAUAAAGACCCAGUGCCUCUCACUUCAAAGACGUGGCCUCUCUCCCUAGCCGUGCUAGGUGUCCUGGUGUCCUGGGCUGGAGUCUGCCCCUGCCCGCUGGAAUGCAGAUGUGCGGACAAGUCAAGGUCGGUGGAGUGCAGGAACACGAACCUAACCCAGAUCCCACAGGGGAUCCCCCUGUGCGCUCAGAACCUGCUCAUCACCGGCAACAACAUCUCGACCUUGAGGGAGUCCGCUUUCGUGAGCAAUGGUUCCGGGUUUGCCCGCUUGGGAACCCUCUCUCUCCCGGGCAACCAGAUCCAAGGCAUUGGGCCCUCUGCCUUUGAAGGCCUAGCCAACCUGAGGACCUUAAACUUAAGUGGCAAUGCACUGGCAUCCAUCGCCGCCGAUGCCUUCUUUGGCCUUUGCCAGUUGCACAGUUUAAGUAUGAACUACGCCCUUGAGCCAUCUCUGGAGGACCAGCUCUGGACAGCGCUGCAUCCCAGCAAUCUCCCCAACCUCAGCGAGCUGCAGCUGGUCGGGAACUAUCUGACCCGGCUUUCGGAAGGAGCAUCCAUGAGCUCCAGCCUGGAGGUGUUGGAUCUAAGGAGCAACUUGCUGCAUCACAUUGGGAGGGGGACCAUCUCAAGUUGGCAGAACCACAUUAAGCUUAAGGUUUACUUGUUCUCCAACCCGUUGAUGUGCGACUGUGAGCUGCAACCCGUGUACUGGUGGCUAAAGAACACAUCUCAGAUCGGCGAUAGGCGACAACUCACUUGCUUCGGCCCAAAGACCUUGAAUGGAAGCGUUCUCCACCAACUGAGGGCCGACGACCUCAAGUGCCCAGAAGAUACGGCUGCAUCCUACGUAUUCCUUGGGAUUGUCUUGGCUCUCAUUGGAGCCACCUUCAUCAUGGUCUUGUACUUGAACAGGAGAGGCAUAAAGAGGUGGGCCAGAACUUUCCAAGUGGCUUGCCAUGAUCUGAUGGAGGGUUACGAAUACAGAUAUGAGCUGGAUCCUGAGCCCAGGCUGGCUAGUGUUACAGCCGCAGCCUAG